AUGCCUGGUGGUAACUCCGAUGCGAAUUUGUCGGCGUCGACUAGCUCUGGCUCUUCCCCUGCCCGGAGGAAAUCCCUCGCCGGCCAUGCAACCGUCGCGACCCCUCUUGGCGGGGCCGCCGCCACCGCUACUGCUGCUGCUACUACUACUACCGCCGCCCUUGUCGUUCCCUCUACCGCCUCUCUGAUAAACCUCGAGUCCUCCGAGACAAUUUCGGAUCCCAUCACUGCGGCCGCCCAAGGUAUGCUCAAUCUAAACGCUUUAUCACCCUUUAGUAUGUCUGACUGA